CUGAGAAAUCGUUCGUUAUCGUACAUCAGGCAGAGUUAAUUACAAUUUCUUCAUCCGGACGCACCGGAUUCGAUCAAGCCGCACUUCAGGCGGUUGACGACGAGCAGCGCCUAACGAGCGAAGUUAGCUCCUCUUGGGCUUAGCGUUAGCGAGCGAAGUUAGCGACAGUGCGCGCGACCGAGACGCACGUAUAGGCGGACGAACGGAGAGGCAGCAGUUACGGGGCCAGCAGGUGACAGGUGGUUUGACGUUUUACCAGCCGCCAUCGUCGUUAGCUACUGCGGCCUGCCAUAUUGCGCGUGAUACAUACGAGGGGGAAAGGUUGCCGAAAGCGAGCCGACACCGCCGAAGCGACCCGCCGCCGCGCGACUCGAUGGCAGAGUGAAACUCGUCCCGUAGAGCAACCUCGCCGCCGCAAAGCGCACGGCCAUUCUUCAAUUCCUAGCGGUAUAGCAGCUUUCCUUCACCACCGAUCCACGAGCGUUUUUCGUUUGAAAAUUUUGAUUAUAGGUGCAAUAUGUCGACUGGUCCGUAUAAUUACUCCUAUAUCUUCAAAUAUAUCAUCAUAGGAGAUAUGGGUGUGGGCAAGUCCUGUCUGCUUCAUCAAUUUACAGAAAAGAAAUUUAUGGCUGAUUGUCCACAUACCAUCGGUGUUGAAUUUGGGACUAGGAUCAUUGAGGUAGCGGGACAAAAGAUAAAGCUGCAAAUAUGGGACACCGCUGGGCAAGAACGAUUUAGAGCAGUUACCAGAUCAUAUUAUCGGGGUGCGGCUGGAGCGUUAAUGGUGUACGAUAUUACACGCCGUUCAACCUACAAUCAUCUCAGUAGCUGGCUAACAGACACAAGGAAUUUGACAAAUCCCAGCACUGUUAUAUUCUUAAUUGGUAACAAGAGCGAUCUCGAGGGUCAACGUGAUGUUACCUACGAGGAAGCAAAACAAUUCGCCGAUGAACACGGCUUAAUGUUCGUCGAAGCUAGUGCAAAGACAGGGCAUAAUGUGGAAGAAGCUUUCCUGGAAACUGCGAAAAAAAUAUUCCAGAGCAUACAAGACGGCCGAUUGGACCUGAACGCAGCAGAAUCCGGUGUUCAACAUAAUCCCAGUCAACCGGGUCGCACCAGUCUCCAAGGAGUGUCUAAUGAACAGCAGGGAGGGAAGGAUUCCUGCUCUUGUUAGGUCAUUAUUUGUUUGUAUAUAGAUAUAUUAAUUGAUCGGUACUAUUAAUGCAUAUAUGAUUUAUACUAAGUGUAGCAAGCAGAUUGUCUCGUAACUUGUAUCCUCCCUUUGAUAAGUGAAGUCUACUUGAGAGAAACGGAAUACGUUCACAAUGAUUUUUCUUUUUAAUUGAUUAGCAUCGUUUUACAGUAAUACGAUGUUAUAAAUACACGACACACAAUGUAGAGACGUAUACCGUUGUCAAGAUAAUUCCAAUAACUUCUCGAUUUUUGACGCAGCAAACAUAAUAAAACUGAUGAAACGGC